CUUGAAAUUUUAUUACAAGAUAAACGUAAUAAUCGUAUUUAAAAAAUGAUACAUAAGCAUAGUUAAAUUAUAUCAAAGCAGCAAUGAAAAGUGCGUGUUUUUGUAUUGCGUGCAUACAUACAUUCAAGUGUAUAGGUGUGCACGACCAUUAAUUUUCGCGUGCGUGCAGACAUAUUCAUGCAUGCAUUCAAGUAUGCGUGCGUACAUUCUCGCGUGUCUAUAUGCUUGCGUGAGUUUGUAUCCUAUAACAGUAUUCCGUAAUUGUUAAAGUUCUACCUUUACGUAUCUCACGUAAUAAAGUUAUAGUAGUAGUUCCAUAAAGUAACCGCUUAAAAAAUAAUUUGAGAAACAUCAAGAUUUUAAAGCUGUAAUCUUCGAUAAAAUCUAAUUUAUCUUCUAAUUUGUUUUCAUCAGAUUCAUCAAACGCAAAAUUAAUAAUAAUAACAAUGUGCGUAACAAGUUAAGAUAAUGACGAAGAAAAUAUAAAUAAAAACAUUGACGCAACGAAGUACGCAACACGUAAAGACGAUGAUUCAUCAAUGAAUGGAAAACCGGUCAAAAUAGUUACUGGUUAAAAAAUAAAAACUCAGUCAAGUUCGGUCCUGUCACGAAGGAGAACUAUGGAUAGGCAUGGGUCGCUUUAGAAAAACAUGCUUAUCCCAUUUUAUACCUGAUUGAACAAUAACCCUAAGGAACAUCUCGACUUGAAAAUUAUAUUCUUCGCCUCUACAUAAUGGGACCUCUGCUCACUAUCGAUGAAUAUUUAUGGGUAACAAAUGACCUCGACUGAGAAAAUUUAAUAAAUUUUCCUAAUCUGUAUACUUGUUAUAAAAUGCAGGUAGAGCUCGGUCUGCUUAAGGUGUCUAAUAAUAAACGGUAAGGUAUCGAAGGGACCUGAAAGCGGAGAAGUACAAAUGUUACAAUUGAGACUUCGCAAGGGAUAAUUACCCCCGAAUUUUAAUUUUUCUACACAUAUUUUCCUAGGCAACUGAUUGGUCGACCAAUCAGGAAGCAGAAUACCGGCACAUCCUUGAUACAAAAGUUCGCGCUUAAAUUUUUCACUUCAUUUGCAGUUCCUCAGGUGUAGUGAAGACCUAGCAUGUACCUCAGACUCAACUAAAUUUUGAAACGAUACUUUUGCCAAUAGUAAUAUAAGAACAUAACAAGACGAGUGUAAUGGAGUGACGGUUAUCAUGUUAGGGGAAAAUAAAAACACACGUGUACGAAGAGGCGAAUGUCUGUGCUUUCAUAUUGAUAACCAAACUGUAUCGAGUGUACAGAAGUCAACAAAAUCUAUGGCCAGAGACAGCGGCCACAAUCUUCAACAAGAAUCAAUAAAAGAUUCAACACUAACGAAAGAAAACAUGAUCAUAAGAUCAAUGAAAAGUUUACGUUUGUUGAAAGAUGUUAUCAUAGAAAAUGGUAUCAAAUAUCUGUAUACCUUGUAUCUUUUAUGCUUCCGUCUAUUUGACGCAAUUUCUUCGAUAUUUCUUAAUUCCAAGGAACACAUAGAGACAAAACAAGUCGUAACAUGUAAUGAAAAUCAUGAAAGAAAUAACGGGUGGAACCGAAUAAAUCAGAAUUGCAGAAAACAAAGAAUGGAAAACCACAAUUCGAACGACAAACCGUUGAUAGAACCUCAAAAUACCGAGAAAGAUUCUGAUUCUUCCAGAAAUCAAUCGAGCAACGGUAGUAAUGAGACAACAAAUAUGCCAAUAAACUACGAAAACAUUGACAGCUGUAUAUGGCACACUGCUUUGAAAAAGCCUAUGAAUAUAUCAACUGAGAAACAUAGUUUUAACAAAACGCAGUUCCCGAUAAAUAUACCUCAAGAUACCGAACUGUUUGCAAAUAAGCGAAGUAAUGUUGCUCGAAAUAAAUUUCUGAAAUCGUAUACUCAAAAACAAUGCAGCAAUUUCUGCGCGAAUAAAGGAAAUAAUGCACAAAUCUUUAAUCAAAAAUUCGCUUCUUCCGAUAGCAUGCAUUCGUCAUCUUUGUUUCCUAGGUCUUUCACACCCUACAAAUACAGAAAAUCAAACCAAACUAAUUUCGUUUACAAUGGAGAAGACAGCCAAUUUUCUAAUGAUUCCCCAACUAGACCUUGGUUAAAAAAGAACGAAACAAAACAAAGGAAGGAACUAUCCAUCAAAUUUACUCCUACUAAUGAAAAGGAAAACUUUAUAUUUGAUGAAGAGAGGAACAAAAAGCACCCGGAACAGAGAAACGAAAAGGAAACACAAGAAGGCAAUUUCCAACGACAUGAUCCGAUUAAAUACAAAUCGCAUUAUUCAAGAAUACCCGUGAGAAAUAAAAAAUCAGAAAUGAAGUAUAAAGAAAUGGGUACGCAAACAGAUAGCACCUUUUCGACAGAUAAGGCUGUUCAAAUGGUUUCAGUCGGAACGAUGUGGCCUGAACAAGAAAUUUACGGAAAUGCAACUCACAAAUCUCAGGAUAAAGAUACGGACCAGAAAAUAAAUUAUAUGGAUGAUAUACUAGAGUAUCAAAGAACGGCCGAAAAAUUGUUAUUAUCCAUACAUGAACAACUUUUGUCGCACAAUACACCGUCUUCAUCGACAAAUAUUAGUUCCAAUGAACGCACAUGUGCAGCCCCUGAUAGCAAUAUCGCAGCGAAUCGAUGGUCCACAAACUUUACUAAUAACAUAAAUACCUCGGAAACACCUACUCGUACUUCUCCUGAUUUUCCUGAAGUAUCACAUUCGCCGUCUCCUUCUAUUGAUAAUCCUGUACAAAUACUGCUGCCUUCCGUAAAAGAUGAAUAUAUCCCGAAGUUUUGUAUGAAACCAGCGAAGGUUAAACCGCCAGCGCCCUCAUCUACCCGAUAUCCUCAUUAUGAUCAUCCCGAACUUGUAUAACUACCUACUUACAAUAAUUCAACAACUUGUAUUAAAUAUAAUUGUAGAAUAAUUAUAAUAUUCUAGAAAAUAAUUGC